AUGAAGAGGCUAUCGUUUAAGCAUUUCAACUAUUUUGGGUAUGGUAUCUAUCAUGAUAUCAAAACCAGACUCCCGUACUACAAGUCCGACUUUACUGAUGCGUGGAACUAUCGAGUCAUCCCUUCGUCUACAUUCAUCUUUUUCGCCAACUUGCUUCCAGCAAUCGCAUUUGCCCAGGAUAUGUUCGAUAAGACCAAUAAUGCCUAUGGAGUGAAUGAGGUUCUCAUGUCCAGUGCAUUUGGUGGAGUUGUAUUUGGAUUGUUCUCGGGCCAGCCUUUGUGCAUCGUGGGCGUUACUGGUCCCAUCUCAAUCUUUAGUUACACCGUGUACGAGCUAAUGACCCCACGAGGGACUCCAUAUUUUCCAUUUAUGUGUUGGAUAUAUUUAUGGAGUAUGGUUUUCCAUAUUAUAAUUGCAGUAGGGAACUACAUCUCCUGGAUGAGAAUCAUUAGUCUUUACUCGUGUGAUAUAUUUGGGUUCUUUAUCAACUUGGUCUAUAUCCAAAAGGGGAUCCAGAUCUUGCUGAACCAGUUUGACGAUGUUAACUUGGCAAGUGGAUACUGCUCGGUCAUGAUUGCUUUGUGUAUGAUCAUUUGUGGUGUAGGAUCAACCACAUUUGGAAAUUAUCUCCACUACUUUCGUCCCUGGGUCAGAAAAGUAUUUGUCGAUUAUGGAGUAGUUGCAUCGGUGAUUUUCUUUACCGGGUUCAUCCAUUUUGGUGGGAAAUUGAACGAUACAGAGCUUGCUCGAUUACCAAUAACCAAAUCGUUUCAGCCAACUGAACAUGGCGAUAUACGACCACACGGAUGGUUUAUUCAUUUCUGGCCGGGCGAAAACAUUGAGGUUGGAGACGUGUUUCUUGCCAUUCCAUUUGCCAUUCUCCUUACUUUUCUUUUUUACUUUGACCACAAUGUAUCAUCAUUGAUGUGCCAGUCCAAGGAGUACCCACUCAAGAAACCAGCAUCGUUCCAUUGGGAUUUCCUCUUACUUGGACUCACAACAGGGUUUGCUGGAAUUAUGGGUAUCCCUCCACCAAAUGGUCUUAUCCCGCAAGCACCACUUCACACUGACUCUUUGGUUGUUUAUGACCAUAGCGGAAAGAAGCUUUCGGUGGUGGAACAAAGAGUCACCAAUACAGUGCAAGGAAUAAUGACCUUUGUGAUGAUGUCGCGGCCGUUUCUAGUAAUCUUGGGGCUUGUCCCUCAAGCAGUUCUUUCGGGUCUUUUCUUCAUCAUGGCGAUCUCGGGACUUCACGGCAAUAUCGUCACUAAUAGAAUUAGAUACAUUUUCUUGGAUAAGCAUUAUAUUGAAAACGAUCCCAAUUGUCCCCAGCUUUUCAGAGAUAUCCAUGCUUUACCUACGAAGAAAUGGUUUUACAUAUACGUUGUACUCGAAGUCAUAGGUGGUGUUGCAGAGUUUGUAAUUACCUUGACCAUUGCGGCAGUCGGAUUCCCUGGUGUUCUAUUAUUUCUUGCAUUUUGCGCCAAAUGGAUCUGGCCGUUGUUUAUACCACGCGAAGAGCUAGAUCGAUUGGAUGGAGAUGUGGCGGAUGAGUUUAUAUUAAAAAACUUUACUGUGGCAUCGGACGAGAAGAAAAGGAGGAAACAAAACGGGGUAGAUGAAGAGAAAGCGCUGGAGAGUGAGAUCGACGAUGAUGCAGAAGAGUAUACAAGAGAUGCAGCCAUCAGUAGCAGCGAGUGA